AUGACAUCAACUGAAACGGCAUUGAAAUCAUUAACCUCACCAGAAUCAACCACUACUAUCGUAGAUUCUAGAAUGUCGACGAAGACAUCAACUCAAACAGCAUUUGACCCAUCAACUUCGAAAGCAACGGCCCCUACCACUGAAUCCACCCCUCGCAUCGUAGACUCUACAAUGUCGACAAUGAAAUCGACUGAAAGAGCACUUCAAUCAUCAACUUCACCACAAACAAAACCUGUAACGGAAUCCACCCCUACUAUGGUAGCGUCUACAAAAUCGACAAUGACAUCAACUCAAAAAGCAUUUGACUUAUCAACUUCCAAAGCAACGGCCCUUAUCACUGAAUCCACCCCUCGUAUCGUAGACUUUACAAUGUCGACAAUGAAAUCGACUGAAAGAGCAAUUCAAUUAUCAACUUCACCACAAACAAAACCUGUCACGGAAUCCACCCCUACUAUGGUAGCGUCUACAAAAUCGACAAUGACAUCAACUCAAAAAGCAUUUGACCCAUCAACUUCCAAAGCAACGGCCCUUAUCACGGAAUCCACCCCUCGCAUCGUAGACUUUACAAUGUCGACAAUGAAAUCGACUGACAGAGCACUUCAAUUAUCAACUUCACCACAAACAAAAACUGUCACGGAAUCCACCCCUACUAUGGUAGCGUCUACAAAAUCGACAAUGACAUCAACUCAAAAAGCAUUUGACUUAUCAACUUCCAAAGCAACGGCCCCUACCACUGAAUCCACCCCUCGUAUCGUAGACUCUACAAUGUCGACAAUGAAGUCGACUGAAAGAGCACUUCAAUCAUCAACUUCACCACAAACAAAACCUGUCACGGAAUCCACCCCUACUAUGGUAGCGUCUACAAAAUCGACAAUGACAUCAACUCAAAAAGCAUUUGACUUAUCAACUUCCAAAGCAACGGCCCUUAUCACUGAAUCCACCCCUCGUAUCGUAGACUUUACAAUGUCGACAAUGAAAUCGACUGAAAGAGCACUUCAAUUAUCAACUUCACCACAGACAAAAACUGUAACGGAAUCCACCCCUACUAUGGUAGCGUCUACAAAAUCGACAAUGACAUCAACUCAAAAAGCAUUUGACUUAUCAACUUCCAAAGCAACAACCCCUACCACUGAAUCCACCCCUCGCAUCGUAGACUCUACAAUGUCGACAAUGAAAUCGACUGAAAGAGCACUUCAAUCAUCAACUUCACCACAAACAAAAACUGUCACGGAAUCCACCCCUACUAUGGUAGCGUCUACAAAAUCGACAAUGACAUCAACUCAAAAAGCAUUUGACUUAUCAUCUUCCAAAGCAACAACCCUUACCCCUGAAUCCACCACGCCUAUGGUAGACUUUACAAUGUCGACAAUGAAAUCGACUGACAGAGCACUUGAGUCAUCAACUUCGCCAGAAACAAUGACUACCACUGAAUCAACCGCCACUAUGGUAGAUUCUACAAUGUCGUCAAAGACAUCAACUGAAACAGCAAUGGACUCAUCAACUUCACCAGAAACAACCACUACUACUGAACCCACCAUUACUACGGUAGAUUCUACAGCUCCAGGUCUUUCUUCCUCUAUAGGAGUAGUUUUGUUCCUUUUUCUUUUAAGCAUACCCAAAUUUUAG